UUUGCCCGUAUCUUCACAUUCGUCUUCCAAACAUCCAUCGAUCGAACGGCCUGCAAGCCUUCAUAAUGCUGUUCACAACUAGCAUGUCCACGGGAAAUGCAUCGUCAACUUCAGUUGCUACUUCCGGCGCGAGCGAAAGUCAAGAAUGCCCACCAAGAGGACAAUCAUCAUGAACUCGCUACGAUGUCGAAAGACGCGUCUCUGCAGCCAAAGGGCUCACCGCACGAAUCGCGAGAAACGACAGGCCAUGUCAGCUUCAUAGGGCGAUGGUGGGGUCUUCACAUCGCUCCAGAUGUCCCCGAAGCGCAGUGUCGAGAGCAUUUCGCCCUAGAAAGGACACUCCUGGCCUACGUUCGCACAGCGAGUGCUUUCGCGCAAAUUGGAGUCACGAUCGCUCAGCUGUUCAAGCUGCCGAGAGAGUCCCUACACCUUUCGCCUGCUGUACAGAGGCUAGGCCAUGCUCUCGGGCCCACAGCUCAAUGCUUUGCCAUCGUCACAAUGCUAGUUGGAGCUUUCAGGUGCGCGCGCCAGCAAGGCAGGAUCGCUCAUCAUGGAAGGUCGAAGCCUCCCGGGAACAUGGCGUGGUUAUUGACCGGCCUGCUGCUUGUAUUCGUGGUCUUGAGUCUGGUUGCAGUCCGUAGUCAUUAGCAGUCAUUGCUUCAAUGUCAGGCUGAGCAGCAUUUGAAAGCGCCCAAUUCACC